AUUUCUCAUCUCUUAUUUAGAAAAGCUUCACAUUAGUGAAAAGCACUGUAGAAGAUCAGAUAGUUUCUCUAAUAAGAUGAAAGGCGUUCAUUUCCUUAUGUCUCUUGUUCUCUUGGCUUUGGCAACCUCCUUUGCCUCUGCCUCUGACCCUGACCCGGUCCAGGACUUUUGUGUAGCAGUAGAUGACCCCAAAUCUGCUUUGUUUGUGAAUGGAAAGUUCUGCAAGGACCCAAAGCAUGCCAAUGCAGAUGAUUUCUUCUUCUCCGGACUUAACAAGCCCGGGGACACAUCCAGUCAACUUGGCUCGAACGUAACAACUGUGAAUGUUAAUCAAAUACCAGGGCUCAACACUUUGGGCAUAUCCAUCGUUCGCAUCGACUAUGCACCAUAUGGCUUAAACCCUCCACACACUCAUCCACGAGCCACCGAAAUCCUAGUAGUCGCGGAGGGUACGUUGGAGGUUGGUUUUGUCUCAUCGAACCAAGAUAAUAACCGGCUCUUCACUAAAAUCCUCAACGAAGGAGAUGUGUUUGUGUUCCCAGUUGGUCUCAUUCAUUUCCAGAUCAACAGGGGACAUAAGAAUACUGUCGCAUUUGCUGCUCUGAGCAGCCAGAACCCAGGAGUGAUUACCAUUGCUAAGGCUGUUUUUGGAUCAGACCCUCGUAUCAAUCCUGAUGUUCUUACCAAGGCUUUCCAAGUUGACAAGAAUGUGAUUGAUUAUCUCCAGAAGCAAUUCUGGGUUGAUAAUAACAAUUAGACCCAUUAUCAUACAUGAAGCAGCCUCUUGAUCAUCAAUAAUUUAUACCUAUACCUUUAUAGGUUAUAAAGAAUAAUGUAUGAUAUGCUUUUCCUGUCGCUUCAGUAAAAAAGUCAAUUAUAAAAUAAAUACAAGGCUGCUGUGAUUGUGAAUGCCUUCUAACUGUAAUGUAUCUCUCUCUCUCUCUCUCUCUCUCUCUCUGUGUAUCUUUCCUAUGCC